GCAAACGCGAGUGGUACACUGCAUUAACGUAAAGUGACAGUAAUGGCGAAAGUAAAGGUUGAACAGGGUUGGUUGGAGGGCGAAGUGUUAGAUGCAGCAAGCAUUGACGGUGAUCAGAGAAUAUUCUACAGUUUCAAAGGGAUUCCUUAUGCUACGCCGCCUGUGGGAAAACUUAGAUUUAAGGCACCACUACCCCCUCAACCUUGGAAUGGCAUCAGAGAAUCAAAGAACCACGGACCGGUGUGUCCACAAAAAGACAUCUUCAAACAAGUUGUUAUACCAGGCAGCGAGGACUGCCUGUACCUCAACGUCUACUCACCAGAUCUGAAACCCUCAAAGCCUCUCGCAGUUAUGGUAUUCAUCCAUGGAGGCGGAUACAAGAGUGGUUCGGGCAAUGUAGACCACUACGGUCCAGACUUCCUAAUGAACCACGAUGUCGUUCUUGUCACUAUCAACUACAGGCUGGAAGCGCUGGGAUUCCUAUGCCUUGAUACCGAAGAAGUUCCCGGCAAUGCAGGACUAAAAGACCAAGUUAUGGCAUUGAAGUGGGUGAAACAAAACAUCAGCAACUUUGGGGGAGACCCAAACAACGUCACAGUAUUCGGCGAAAGCGCUGGAGGCGCUUCCACUGCUUUACAUAUUCUAUCACCAAUGUCUAAAGGACUAUUUCAGAGAAGUAUUCCCAUGAGUGGUGUACCGUUUUGCGAUUGGUCGAUCCCGUUCGAACCUAAAAGACGUGCAUUUGUAUUGGGUAAGCAUUUAGGCUUCGAGACAAACGAUACCAAACAACUUCUCGAGUUUCUCCAAAGUGUCCCAACGUCGGAUUUGAUAGACGUAAAACCUCACGUGACGACUUCUGAAGUAAUUGGAGACAAUAUACUCAAAAUGUUCCAUUUUACACCUGUGGUAGAAAAAGACUUUGGCAACGAACAUUUCUUGACCGAAGCGCCUCUACAAGUUUUGAGAAAUGGAAAAAUCAAUGAAGUGGACGUGCUAAUAGGUUAUACCGACAUGGAAACAUUAGUUGCCAUACCUAUUCUGGAAAAUUCUUUGCUAAAAGAUUAUAGCAAAUAUCCGGAACUAUUAGUUCCCAGAAAGAUACUUAUGGAAUCGAAUCCCAGAAAAUGUUUACAAAUCGCAGAUCGAAUUCGCGAGCACUAUUUUGGUAGAAAACCUAUUUCUGGGGAAACAAUAAAAGAAUAUAUAAAGUACUCCACAGAGUGCACUUUCUUUUAUGACACAUACAUAUUUUUAAAACUCCUUUGCAAGAGCAGUACAAAGAAAUUAUAUCAGUAUAGAUUCUCGAGCGUUUCCGAUUUGAAUAUUUAUGGACAUCUCGGGUCGCCUUACGGUUUGAUUGGAGCUUCUCACUUAGACGACCUGAUGUAUUUGUUUGAUGCUAAACACGCGAAUAUAAAGUUGGGGCUGAAAGAACGCAAACUGGUUCAGCAGGCUUGUACUCUGUUCACUAACUUCGCUAAGAAUGGAGUAAUGACCACAUCCUCGUCGGAGGUUCAGUGGCCAGAGUAUGGACAAGGGGAGUACUACGGGGACAUCGGAGAUGGGCUCACAAUCGGGCAGCACUUGGACGCCGACGCCAUCAGCUUCUGGAGGAGUAUCUAUGAAGAUGCUGGAAUUGACCUAUUCUAAAUAAACAAUGUACGAUCCUGGGCAUGGUGGAAGGAGCUAGAAUUAUAAAGUUAAUAAGAGCAAUACAAAAUUCGUAAACUUCAUCUAUUCACUGUAAAUUAACCCUCAGGCCUCGAAUUCGAAACGAAAAUAGACACACAAACACCGCUAAAACUCAUCAAAACGCAAUCAACACCACAUACACUCAUAAUACUAUUCUAAAAAACUAAAGUGACUGUUAUUUUCUGGUGAUUG